AUGCGCGCAGUGUUCGCCGCUCUGGACACCGACGGCGACGGGAUGAUUUCCGCGGACGACCUCCGCGCGUACUCCGCGCAGCGCGGGCUUCCCGCGGGGUACGCGCUGGAGUUCGUGAGCCGCGCGCAGCAUGGGCGGAGGGGUGCGGAGGAGCACUUAUACGGGGAGCGGCGGACGGAUCCGCAGGUUUUGCGCAACUCCCUGUUCGGUGGCGGAUGGAACGGCGCGGGUUGCGCGGCGGGGGGGCUCCAGGCGGGCGGGGUUGCGGGAGCUGGCAUCGGCGGAAUGCGGAUCCUGGGAAGCGGAGAAGGAGUGGCGUCAUGCGCACAGGAGGGGUCGGGCGGAACGAGCGGAGGCAAUAUGGCGCUGUGCCGCGCAUCAGCGGGGUUUGCGGCGUCGUCCUCCCAGGCGCUGCCGCCGGUGGACCUUCCGGCGCUGCUCUCCUCUGCCGCGCAGCAGCUUCAGCGCGGGCUGGGCUCGGCGCGCUUGCACCUUAGCAGCUUCAGGGGCGGGGGAACUGGCGGAAUAGGUGGCGGAAGCGGCGGAAGUGGCGGAACCGCCGGCGGCGGCGGUGGCGGAGGGGGGUUUGGGGUGUCGUAUGCGGCGUUUGAGGAGUUCGUGGAUGCGAGGGACAGGGUCCUGUGGGACUCGUUUAGAUGCAUGGACAGUAACGGGGAUGGCCGCGUGUCACAAGCAGACCUUGAACGCAGCAUGAGGGUCCUCGCUUCCCGUUGCAACCACGCUGCCAGUGCCACCCCUGCAACGGCCACGGCAGCGUGCAAUUCCACUGCAUGUAACGCUGUUAGCAUCACGACCAACAACACAGGCACAGUCUACGGCAGCACCAGCAGCAGCAGCGGUAAUGACGAGGCAGCACGGCCUGUGCGGCUGGGUCAGCCGUGCUCGGUGGAUUCCGUAGGGCGGGCUUGUAGCGGGAAGAUGGUGAGAGCAGUGCAGCAACAGCCAGUUCUGCAGCAACAGCAGCAGGAGGGAGUUCUGCAGCAUGUUAAGCAGCAGGCGCGCAUAGGCGCUGCUGCUGGGCGGGAUUCGUUGUCUCAGUCCGUGUCAUUCGAGGAGUUCCGGGACUACUUCACGCUGCUCCCCACGUCAGAUCAUCUAUUCGACUACUGGAUCUCCGCCUCCUGCCCGCUCGCCUGCCACGCUCCCUCCACACCGCAACCCUUCAAAGCAAGACAAGCACUUGAGGGGGCUUCAGCAGUAGUAGGCACGGCUGCCACAGCUGCCACAGCUGCCACUGCUGGAAAUGUGUUGAAAAGGAAGGUUCCACGAAGAGGGUCUUUGAGAAGAACCAGCAGCAAUAGCAGUAGCAAUAGCAACAAGGGUGCCGGCACAGGCGGCAGCAACAGCGGCGGCAGCGGCGGCAGGAGAAGUAAAGGGGCGGGCGGCGUGUGGCGGCAUCUAGUGGCGGGCGGCAUGGCAGGAGCGACGUCCCGCACCGUGACUGCCCCUUUGGAGACUCUUCGCCUGCGCAUGAUGGUCUCGUCCGAACAUGGGCUCCUGCAAACGUGCUCUCAAGUGUGGAGUGAAGCCGGCUGGAGAGCAUUCUUCCGAGGCAACAUGGUGAAUGUGGUGCGCUCGGCCCCUCAGAAAGCAAUCGACUUCUUUGCUUUCGAAGCCUUCAAGCAAGCAAUUGCGACCGUCUUCCCCACGGGCCCUGCGGGACUGCAGGUGGUGACAGCAGGUGCUUUAGCCGGUGCCACGUCCACCCUGGCGCUCUACCCUCUCGACGUGGUCAGGAGCCGACUUACUGUUGCCGCCCGCUCUCAGUACACAGGCAUCGCCCACGCGCUAACCACGAUAGCCAAGACAGAAGGCGUGCCGGCACUCUAUAGGGGCCUGGGCGCCUCGCUCCUCUCCAUCCUACCGGAGGCAGCCAUCACAUACGGCUGCUUCGAUCUGCUCAAGACCGCUCUGCAGCACUCCACUGGCCGCACUGUGGGCGUGCUGCCUGCCCUGGCCUGUGGCGUCGCCUCUGCUUUCACCGGCCAGCUUGUGGCCUACCCUCUUGAACUCGUUGCGAGGCGCCUGCAGGUCUCUGCUGUUGCUGCUGGUGGUGCUGGUGCAGUUGCAGCAGGGGCGGCGAAGCUGAACCUGGUUACCGUUACCAAGGCGAUACUGGCGGAACGGGGAGUGGCAGGGCUGUACCAGGGUAUCGUGCCGGCCUCCCUCAAGGUGAUCCCUAUGGCGAUUGUGAGCUUUGGAGUGUAUGAGUCGGUUAAGUUUGCUCUGCUGCAACUAGCUGAGAAGGAGGAGAGAUGGCAGGAGGAGAGGGAAAGGAGACGUGAGGAGGAAGAGGGGAGGAGGAGGUGGGCGGAGGAGGAGAGGAGGUUGGUGGAGGAGGAGAGGAGGGGGAGGAGGGUGUGCUUGCCGGUGUGUAAGGCGUGCUGGCGGGAGGGGGGUUUGUGUGGGAGGCAGAGGGGGAGUGCGCUGCUGGUGGUGUGA